AUCGUUCAAGUGUUGUGCUUUUUGUGCUUUUACCGCAGAGAUUCAUCAACGUUAAGUUGGUCAAACAAUAUUUACAAAGAUGACCAAGUCAUUCGAGAAGCUUUCAAUGGAGUCGCUCCACGGGCUGGACUACUCCAGCAGCACGCCGCCGCAGAAGCCAGUCGACGAGCCUUGCGAGCCACCAGUACUGGAUCUGUCUUGCAAAAAGUCUAUGCCGCCAAGUCCCCCAUCGGACUACGAAAAGGAGCCGAUGAUUUCGCCGAUUUCGUCAAUUUCGCCUCUACGAGGAUCGCCUUACCUGGAAAAUCAUCGUGAAAACAACAACAACAACAACAACAACAAUGAUAGCAAACACAUGCACAGUUAUCAGCAUCCUCAGCCAUCUCCAAAGCAGAAAGAGAUGGAACAGACUCAGCAAACCUUGACUCACCACUACCACCACGACGAGUCGACGGCCUUCACCUCCAAUCACGAGAGGAAAAGUCCUUUGAACCGCGCCUACAUUAUGACUCCACCAUCGGAAUCCGACUCGCCGAAGAAAACGAGGUUCCAGCCAAUCUACGAUCACUCGAACGGCUUGAUGCAGGCACAUCCGGCUUACUCGAUGAUUCCGAUGAACAUGAACCCGAUGAGCCUCCCGGUGCCGAUACCGAUGAGCAUUCCACAGGUGCUUCCGACGCUGCUGUCCCAGGUCAACAAUCAUGUGCCGGUGCCGGUGCCGUCGAUGCAGAUACCCACGCCGCCGUCCCCUCGCGAUGUCCAACAGAUGAACGUAUCCUCCGAAGAAAGCAAGAAGGCUCCAAGGCCAUUCAAGGCCUACCCUAAGGAUGCGCUGUCUCUCACCUUGAGCCCGAACAUGAUGUUCGACCAGGAGUUGAAGGAGAAGUACUCCGACUUCCGUAACAAAAUGUUGGACUGCGUGAAGAGGACGAACGAGGGCACCAACAUCAAGAUGCGCCGUAUGAGCAAAAGUCCCAUGCUGCCCACCAGCACUUGCAGCGACAAAGACGAAGCUUACUGGGAAAGAAGGAGGAAGAACAACGAGGCCGCCAAAAGGUCCAGAGAUGCCAGGAGAGCCAAGGAGGACGAGAUCGCCAUCAAAGCAGCCUUCCUUGAAGCAGAAUACAACAAAUUAAAGUACGAGAACGCAAUAUUGAAGGCGGAGAAUUCAAAGUUGCUUUACGGCCGUUAAGUUUGUAAUAUCGAUUUUUAUUGAUAGAGAUUUCUCUACUAUCUUCGUAGCCUUGCAUCUCGAGCAACAAAUAAUAUGGAAAUAUCGAUUUUUAUUGAUAGAGAUUUCUCUACUAUCUUCGUAGCUUUGCAUCUCGAGCAACAAAUAAUAUGAUAUAUCGAUUUUUAUUUAUAGAGAUUUCUCUACUAUCCUCGUAGCCUUGCAUCUCGAGCAACAGACUGCUUAAUUUUAAGAUCGAUAGGUUAAAAACUGCGGAAUCAGUUAGAAUUAGAAAAUUUAGAUAAUUAUUACUUGCGGCGUUUUCUCUCUCUCUCUCUCGCUCUCGCUCACGCUCGCUUGUGUAUUAUUGUGAUGCAUCAAAUUGUAUAUAUUUAAAUUAAUGAUAAUUGGGGUGCAAGCGCGCCCCCCCCCCUCAAUGAAUUGUACAAAUAGAAUUACAAGAAUAAUAAUAAGAAUGCUUUUUUUACCA